AUGCAAACACCGGGGCCCGUCCAUGCUCCACAGAGCCCCGUGCACGCCGCGCCGUCGGGGCACGUCCCCGGCGGGUCUCCGCAGCGCACAGCCAUUGGCCGCCGGUUCCCGCCGGGAAACGGUGACUGGCGCCUGCGCGCGCAGCCAUUGGGAAUCGAGCGCGCGGGAGCGGGGAGCGGCCGAGGGGACCGGCGGGGCUGGGGGACCGGGGAGCCGCUGCGGGCCCGGCGGGCUCUGGCGGUGCUGCGGGUGCGGCUGUGCCGAGGGCGAGGCGGGGCCGGGGCCGGCGGGCAGCGCUGGCUGAAGCCGGUCCCGUGCCGGGCGGCGCGCGGGCCGGUGUCGCUCCCCCAGCGCGGGCCGACGGGGCCGGGCGUUGCCUGGCGGCCGGUGCAGCGAGAGCGGCCGGUGCGUCCGUUGUCGGGGAGCGCCAUGGAGGGGCAGCGGCUGCCCGGCGCUGUCAACCCCAGCCACUUCCCGGCCAAGCUCUGGCAGCUGGUGAACAGCCCGCGCUGCGGCUCCGUGCGCUGGGAUGCCCGUGGCGAGGGGCUGCUCAUCGACCAGCGGCUCUUCGAGCGAGAGCUGCUGGGCGCGGAGGCGGCCGGCGACGGGGCGGCGCUGGCCGCCGAGUUCUUUAAGACCAAGAACUUCGGCAGCAUCAUCAGACAGCUGAACCUGUACGGGUUUCACAAGCUGGGGCCGGGGCCCGGGCCCCUGCAGGACCCGGCGGGGGGCGAUUGCGGCAGCUCUGCCGGGGCCCUGCUCCACUUCUACAGCCCCCAUUUCCGCCGCGACCGCCCCGAGCUACUCGUGCACCUCAAGCGCCGGACGAGCGCCAACAAAGCGAAGCUGGCGGCCGGCCUGGAGCUGCCCAGCCGCCCGGCCCAGCUCUCCCAGUGCUCGCCCUCGACGCUCGGCGAGGCUGCCAGACCCGGACUGGUGACUUCAGGAGAGGCUCCACAACCUUGUCCAGACAGCUGCUUUCCUAGCUGCAACAGAGCGGCCUCAUGCCAGAACCACCCUGCUUUCCAGGAAACAACUUCCCAGCAGCCUCCGGCCCCUUCCAGAACAUGGCAGGGUUCUGUUGGGUCGCUGCCAGGGCACUGGGCUUCCCCAGCUUUCCCAGGCCAGGGGGCUCCCUUUCCUGUCCUCAACACGUGCUGCACCGAGGUCACGUACACUCUCCAGACCGUGUGCUCCCUUCUGCCACUUCAGCGAUGGGCUCCAGCUGGUGCUGCCCUUCCAGAACCCGGCAGCUGCGCAUCUCCAGGGCAGUGCUUGCAAGGCCGGGAUCCAACACUCACCCUGCAGUGUUCACCCCCUGCCCAGGGAGGACCUCUGACUCUCAGCGCCAGUGCUGCAGCUGCAGCGUCCACCGACUGCGUCUUUGUGCAGGUGAGUGCAGCGCACAGAGAGCAGGGGGAAGGGAGGAGAGCCCACGCAUGGACCGCAGGGUUCUGGGCUUGCGGCAGGAAGGAGAGAAGUUUGGCACUGGAUCUGCUGUAGAAAGGGAAAGUAGCGUGGUUUGCCAAUGCCCAUUUCAAAGCACGGCUUUGA